UUCCAGGUGGUCGGCGAACUCGGGGAGGGGGGUCAAGCAUCUAUGUAUCUUGUUCAAGAACGCGCGACCGAGCGGCUCUAUGCGCUCAAGGCUGCGGAGAAGAGCGAGUAUCCAGAGAUGAACGAGCUCAUGUUCCGGGAGCAAGCCGUACUGGAGAGCAUCGCCGGAAGCCCGUGGUUCCUGUCCCUGAAGGCCAGCUUCGAGGACGACCAAUUCUUCUUCCUCCUCACUGACGUGUGUAUGGGCGGUAGCCUGGAGAGUCGUACCCAGCGCAGUGAUGGAGGGAAGUUGGCAGAUGGGACGGCGCGCCGCUACUGCGCGCAGAUCAUCCUCGCCAUGGAAGACCUGCACAAGCGCAGGAUCAUCCACCGCGGCAUCAAGCCCGCCAACAUCCUCCUGAACAACAAGGACGAGGUCGUGAUCGCCGACUUCGGGUUCGCCCGCCCCUUCGCACUCGGAGACACCGUGGAGGACGCCAGUUGCAACGGCCUCGGGAUCCAGCUCGACAUCACGAGCGAGAAGUGUGGCACACCGCAGUGCAUGGCGCCCGAGAUCUGGAAAGAGCAGCCGUACUCGUACGCGGUCGACGUGUACUCGUUCGGCGUGAUGAUGUACGAGAUGCUC